CUCUCACACACGUUCGCUUUCUUCCCUCCGCUUCCGUUGGCUUCCCUCGUCUUCUUCUCCCUUGUCCUCUCUCACUUGCUCCGCCCUCUCCGGAUCGCUCCUCUUCCACUCGCCGGAUCCCGGUCGGAACGAUCGCCGGAGCAAAUUUGACGCCGCUAGCCCCUUCCUAUCACAACCAUCAUGGCCAGAUAAUUCAGUGCUUCCUUGGGAUGGAGUGGUUGUAUCCCAAAUAAAUAGUUUGCUGGCUGAUUCCUUCGAUGCAUACCAAGAAGAGAAAAAGAAUCCAUCCCCAUUGAUGGUAUCGUCAAGUCAUGUUAAUGGAAUUCCUGUGGCAGAAGACUAUUUAUUUGAAGUAUAUGGAGAAGAUAUGAAGAAUAAUUGUUCUUGGAUGGUAACUUCAAGUCAUGUUGAUGAAAUUGCAACUGAUGAAGAUUUUAAUAAGCAUGCGCAGGAUGGGACUUGUGUACUAAGUUCCCAUGUAAAUGAGGUUCUUGUUCCUGAUUGUAACACAACAAUUGAAUCUGUAUUGUCUCCUUGUUCACUGCCCAUUUCUAGCUCCAUCGAGAGAGACUUCACCAAAUUGCCAUCUUUUCCACCAUUUUCCAACCCUACUACUUGGUACUCAGAUGUUUCCUCGUUUAUAGAGCACGGGCAUUUCCAUGGCAUUGGAUUUCAAGGUGCUGAAUGUGAUAGCAAUGUUUUGAACAAAACAUGUUUUGAGAAUGGACAUUUUACACAUCUGGAUAGUGUAGCCACUGCAUCUUUAAAUCCAACAGAUAAUCUAGAAGUCCAGGAUCCAGAUUUCCCUUAUUUUUCUUCCGAGAAACAUAUAAAUUUGGCUGCUGAAACUUUGCAACUUACAAAGGAUGAAAAUGAGAUGCAGGAUAUCUAUCCAUCAUCUUUUCCUAGAGAAGAAAUAGUAUCAAGUAGACAGACUGGAAUUCAAACUUAUAAACAGAUCUCCGGUUCUCAAUCUCAACAAAUCAACAACAAUACCUAUGGUAGCAAUGGAGCUAUGAAGCCACGCGUGAGAGCAAGACGCGGUCAGGCAACUGAUCCUCAUAGUAUUGCAGAACGACUUCGAAGAGAAAGAAUUGCAGAUAGGAUGAAGAACUUGCAGGAGCUUGUGCCAAACUCUAAAAAGACUGAUAAAGCAUCAAUGCUUGAUGAAAUCAUUGACUAUGUUAAGUUCCUACAACUGCAAGUCAAGAUUCUAAGCAUGAGUAGGCUAGGAGCAGCUGGAGCUGUUGUUCCUCUACUGACAGAUGGGCAAGUGGAGGGCUUCGGUACUCUCUUAUCGUCACCGGAGGAAGCAUUCAAUCUAUCGGACACAGAGGACAAUUUAGCCUUUGAGCAGGAAGUCGUGAAACUCAUGGAAACAAAUGUUACUGCAGCCAUGCAGUACCUUCAAGAUAAAGGCCUCUGCCUCAUGCCGAUUGCUCUUGCCACUGCAAUCUCAAAUCACAAAGGCUCCUCCUCGGCAGCCAUACCCCCCGAGCGGAUGAAAGAUGGUGUGACCUAUGAAGCUAUAUCUCGGAGCAGCCAAGGACCAAGUAGCUGCAAUGGAGCUCUUGUGAAACAAGAAGCUCCAGCUCAAAUACCUAAUGAAGCAAAAAUUGCCAUCUGAACUGUUCAUUCUCUCUCUCUCUCCUUUCUUCUGGUGGUUGUGUUAAUAUGACUAGUUGACUAAGAUUAGUUGUUUAGGUUAACUUUUAGUUUACUUGCUAGUUGUGUGAAAGUAGGUCUUUAGGGUUGACUAUUAGUUUAGUGGUUUAGUUAGGAUGUACAGGUUGUAAGAUUUUGUACUUUUAGUGGUUUUAAGAUUUUACUUUAUGUUGUUUGUUGUAUAUAGAGGGCUUUGUUCAGGGGAAGAUGUAGCGCUGAUUUAAAGAAAAUGGGAUUCAUGUUUCCUUAAAGUUAUAUCCAUGAAGAAAAAUGAGCAAAUCAAAAGGAUGUACUUUUUCAUUGGAAUAAUCAGAAUGAUACAAUGAUAUUUCUCUUUCAUUUAC